AUGGCCUCUUCCACAGACCAACGCAUUUGUUUCUCCUUGUGCCUCUUCCUCUUCCUCUUCCUUCAUCUCUCAACCUCAACCACAGAUACCCCAAUUCCAGCACCAUGGCCGGAACAGUUCCACUCAGUCCUAUUCAUCAACAGAAGCGGCACUCUUCAAAAAACUGACCUAUGGUACGAUUGGCCCAACGGACGCAACUUCAACAUCAUCCAGUAUCAGCAAGGUGUUCUCAAAUACGACCUUGAAUGGAACAAUGGAACCUCUUUUAUCUAUACUCUAGACCCUUUCAACCGCACUUGCAAAAAGCUUCAUUUUGAUGUGGGAAUUCUCCGACCCAACUGGCUUGAAGGUGCCAAAUAUUUAGGUCAAGAAUAUGCUGAUAAUUUUCUAUGUAAUGUUUGGGAGAAAGCUGAUUUUAUUUGGUACCACGAGGAUGUUCUCACUAGAAGACCCGUCAAGUGGAUCUUCUUAACCUCUGGAAUGGUUUCUCAUGUGAUGACAUUUGAGGUUGGUGCAGUGUUGGAGGAUGAGCAUUGGCAGGCUCCUGUCUAUUGUUUUAGUAAGUCAGAGCCUGAACCUCGGUUACACAACAUAAUGAGCAGCUCCUUAUUAGAUUUAGAAGCUGCGGGUGGUGAUGCCCAUGGUUUUCGUCAGACAUUAAUCAGUGAGUGGUAA